AUGAUGAAUAAUAAUAAUCGGAAACCCUAAUCAUCAAAGGAUGUGAGAUCAAAGGUGAACUCUGGAGUGAAUCGUAAGAAUGAUAUUGCUUAAUAAAAAAGAAUACAAUCUGCAAUUUAAUCAGUAUUUAUAAAUAUAAUAAAAGGGUGAUAAAUCAGUGGACUAAGGUGGGAAUCUAAUUGAUCAUCUUAAUAAUAUAGUAUAGGAUUAUUUAUUAAGAUCGAAUUGCAUAAAAACAUUAGAGUAAUUUAAUAUAGAGUCUUAAUUUGCAACUGAAUAAAGUAAUGAAACUGAACAUAUUAUUUUGGGGCAUUUUGAUAGAGGAGAAAGAGAUAAGUUUUUUGAAUCUUGGAGUCGAUACAUUCCAAUAUCUUAACGAUAAGAUCAUGAUUCUUGGAAAUUAGAAUUUUAUAUUCAGAUAUAUUUCUUUAUCUAUCCUAUUCAUCCAGUAUUUAAGAAGAAAGGUUAGAUAGAUAAAUAUUCAAUCAAUUAAUUUAAAAACUAUCUUGAUACUAAAGGAGCUGAUCUAUCAAAAACAAAUGAUGUUUUACCUUUUUAUGCAUUACCUUAUGUGAAAAAUCCAGAAAAACACUAAUCUUUUUAACAUUUAUUCACACAUGAAUGGAUAUCAGAUUUGAGAAUGAAACUUAAGGAAUAUAUUUAAUCUAUUUAUGGAUCAGAUUAAUAAGGUAGUAUUUUGAAAAGAUUGGUUUUAUAAAAAGAAGUUUCUGUAAAUUAUUAACAAAAUGAUAAUCAAAAUCGAAUAUUAGAAAUAAAAUAAUUAUAAUAAGAAAAUCUAGAACUCAAAAAAAAGAGUAAUCAAUAGAUUUAAGCAUUACAAGAAUUAAAUCAUUUAGCAUAAUAAAAUUUGACAGAAGCUUAAAAAAAAUGGUUUUCUUUAACAGGUGAAAUGUUAAAAAUGUAAAAAGAGAUGUUGAAAUAUAUAGAAAAUAACAAGAAAAUACCAGAAUAGAUAUAAUAAUUUAAAAAAAAGAUUGCAUCUUAUGAUAAGUUCUUUGGAUAAAAUUUGGAAGAUUUAGUAAAUAAAUCAGAAGAUAUUUCAUUGUUUAACAAUAUAACUUAACCAGAUCAUGAUUUAUCAGAAAUUACAAAUUAGCAAUGUAUAAAUAGUGAUUAUAAUAAUAUUUAUAGAGAUGAAUCCAGUUUAAUAAUCAAUUGAGGAGUAUAUUCCUUUAAAUUAUGAGAAAAUUAUAUAAUUGUUUACAAAAUCUUAAAAUGCAGUAUUGAUUGCAACUGUUCUAUAAGCAUUAAGAUGGAGAAUUACAAGAGCAAGAAGUGCUUUAGAGAGAAGAUCAGUAGUUGUUGCUUAUUAAACUCAUGAUUUGAUAGGAACACAUUAAAGAAAUAUUAUAUUAGCUUAACAUUUAAUGUUUAAAGCUGCUCCUAUAAUUUAAUGUUAAACAUUAAAAUUAAUGAAUGCUUUGGCUUCAGAUUAUGAUGGUAGAACUUAUUUGACUACAAAUUCUUAAUUAAUAAAACUAUUAAUUGAAUUGAUUAAAAAAGAUUAAACUGAUUCAAUAAAAAGAAAGAAUGCAAUUGGAACAUUAUAAAAAUUAUCAUUACGUAGAUAAAGUUAAAUAUGGAUGUUAGAUAAUGAUAUAAUAUACGUGGCUUUAAUAAUAUUAUAAAGAGUAUAAAAAAUAAAUAUUUUAAAUAGGAGAAAUUUAAUUUAAGUGAAUAUACAUAUGAAUAUAUAACAGCUUUAAUAAUGAAUUUAUCAUUAAGUUCUAGAGGUCGUGAUGCUUUAUCAAUGAAUAAAGAAUUAGCAUUUGAAGUGUUAUUUGAAUUAAUAGAAUAUCCAAAUGAUUAGAUUAGAACAUUUACAAAUGGAACAUUUUAUUCAAUGUUUAGUAGAAGAGAAUUGAGAGAUUAUGCAUAUUAAUUAAACAUACCUUAAGAAUUACCAAAGUUAUUAUCGAUUAGUGAGGAAAAGUUCAAGAAAUAAAUUUAAUACAUGAUAGAAUAAUUAGAGAGUAAUGAAGAUGAUUAUGAUUAAUCAUAAUUAGAAGAAGAUAAUGAUGUAGAUGAUUUAGAAGAUGAUGAAGAAUGUCCAGUAGAUGAUGAAGAUGAAGAUGAUUUAGAUAAUAAUGAUAUGGUUGUAGGAGAAGAAUUAUUAAAAAAUGAAUUUGCAUUAAAUAAUGAAUAAGCAGAAUAACAAAGAUAAUUAAUGGAAUCUAUUAUGUAAAAAGAAUAGUAAUAGAGAAGUGUAUUCUAAGAAUAAUUAAGAGAUUCUUAAAUUGAAAAAAUGCCAAUUGGAUGUAAAAAAUAUUAAAUUAUUUUUUUUAGAAGGUCCAUUUAUUGCUGAUAGUCUAGCACCUAUUAAUAAUAUUAAUUAAAAAUAGGUUUAACCAUAAGCUUAAGCUUUUGUAUCAAGACCAAAAAUACCUAGAACACCACCAAUUUAAUAAUAUAAUUAUUAACAUUGA